AUGCAAAUAUACGCUGCACAUACAUGUGGUUGCAUAGUUCUCAUUUCGAGCAUGAAACUUCGUAAAUUGGACUCUCAUAUACGCUGCACAUACAUGUGGUUGCAUAGUUCUCAUUUCGAGCAUGAAACUUCAUGUGUAAAUUAUGUAAAAAAAAUUCAGUUGUUAAUACAAUUUCCUCCAAUUUUGCCUAUUUGCUUGUUCAUAUGUGCGCAUGUGAACGCAUGUAUCAUUAGCUUUGCUCUGGAAAGGGAGAUUGCAGCUGCAGCAGAGAAGCUAGCAGAAUGCCAGGAGACCAUAUUUCUUCUUGGCAGGCAACUAAAUUCUCUGCGCCCUCCAUCAGAAUCUCUUGGCUCCUCUUCAAAUAGUAGACAACCAAUGAGUGAUGGAGUUCUUGAAGAUGAACCAAGCGCCGAUGGCUUUACCAUUAGACAAGCGACGCUCAGCCCACAACACUUUGAUCAGUUUGAAAUAGAAAACAUAACUACAUCAGUAGCACUGAGCACAGGAGGGGAAUCCCCCUUAAAUGGAUACAACUCCUACAUGAGUCUACCCGACACUGAAUCAGGUCCAUUUCCAAAAUCACCUCUCGAGUCCAGGCACCAAAAGCACAAGGUGACAAGAUCAUCAUCGUCUUCUUCCUCAGCAGAGAAACAUGGGAGGGGAUUUAGCAGAUUUUUCUCAAAGGGUAGGAGUGAACACUGAGAAUCAUCAUGGUAUUGGCUCAUCUGUUUCAGUAUUGGGGAAUGCCUUGUUCCUAAUUUGUUGAGCUGCAAAACUUUGGAAGUUCUAUGAUUUUUGUUCAUAUGUGAUCUAUACAAGUAAGACGCAUUGUGGUUCUUUCACGGUGAAGCUCAUUGUAUAUUUGUGUGGAA